CGCCGAGGUGCUAUUAUUUGUUGUGUUGAUAGAUCGUGCGACGGCUAGCGGGCGGGGCCCUUCGUGGUGUGUUUUGCGCCGCUCGCCGCAACGCUCUUUUUUCGAACCGCCUAAAAAACGCUUCUCUCGGCCCCCGCGUUUCGAUGAAGCCUUUUCAGUCGGAGCCGCUGGCGCUAGUAGGUAUAUCAUCAAAUCAUCAUCAUGAACAUCAUGCGCGCUACAAACAGCACGCGACCUAAGGGAAGGGGAAGCCCUCGCAACGCAGCCCGCACGGUCGCGAAGGUACCGUAGGUAUCAAAACAAGCGCAGCGUCCUCCCUGAGGUCCUGGGCUUGCCCUCGCAACGCAGCAUGGGGGACGAGGAUGCCGAUGGCGGCUGCUGUACCAUCAAGCGCGGCUCCGGGAUCUGCAUCCUCGUGCUCUCCAUCAUCUCCUUCGUCGGCACCGUCAUCUGCGCGCUCAUCGCGUCCUUCACGCACAUGCCCCUCUACGCGGCCUUCGGCUGGAUCCACUUCGUCCUCCUCAUUUACCUCAUCUCGGCCACCUCGGCCUACGUGUGCUGCCGCGCGUGCGGCAGCAAGGUCACGGGGGGGCUCGCCGUCGGCUACUGCGUCCUCGCCUUCGUGACCUUCAUCGUCCUCGCGACGGGGCAGCAGUCCGCCAUGGAGCACUAUUGCGAAGGUACGGUGGAGUGCGCCUCCAUCUCAGACUGGGGCGAUCAUGAUCCCGAGUGCGGGCACAAGACGUCGUCCUUCUCGCUGUGCUGGUUGCCGGAGACGGACGACCGCCGCCGCCGUCUCGCCGCAGCGCCAGCGUACGCUGAACCGGAAGAAGCUUCUGAGAAGAAAAAGGAGAAGACGAAGAAGAAAGAUAGAAAGAAAGACCACACCAUUACCAAGAGUUCCAAGAUCAAGACCAAUGAGUCUCCGAGCUCGUCAGUCCAAAGCCUUGAGCAGCGGCGCGUGCUCGUCACGUCGUGCCCCAUAACGAGGGAUUUCUGCACGAACGACGCCUCGCUCCCGGACAACUGCAAUUGUGGGGAUUGUGGCUACCCGGCGUGCGGCGAUUGCGACUGCGAUUACUACGGCGACGGACAGUGCUGCACGGGCAGCUGCACGAGCUGGUUAUCGGCGCACGAGCGCUGCCACGACGCGCAUGCCACGGGAGACGACGUGAGCUGCUGCGUCGGGGGCGACAUCCGGGCGACGUGUCAGUGCGCCGCGCACUACGAGUGGUGGGACGACCGCCGGCUCUCCGCCGUCGACGAGCCGCGGCGUCUGGGUCACUGCUGCGACUACGGCGCGUACUGCUCUUGCAUGGAGUCGGAGCUCGGCGCCGGCUGCACUGCGCCCGACUGCGGCGGCGACGACUGGGACGAGGACGACGAGGAAUGCGACAUCGAGACGUUCAGCGACCUCAAUUCCUCUCCAGUCGGCACGACGAACCACGGCGCCGGAGACGGGUGGUGCUACAGCGACCUGGACGAAUUCGUGGGCUGCGCGGCGUCGCCGGGCGACUGCUGGGCGAUGUGCCUAGGCUACUACGGCGACGGCCUGGUGGCCAUCGACUGGUGGUCGGAUGAGGGCGGCCAGUGCUACUGCCAACACGAGUGCGAGUGCAUGGAAGACGUCGGCGCCGGCGCAGGCUACACUGUCACGCGCGACUCGAGGGUCGGCGCGCUGCCGCACGAGUGUGGCCCCGACGAGGGCGAUGGCGGCGACUGGGACGAGGACGACGACGAGGACUGGAUGUGGGAGAACGGCUGCCGCCCGGACUACUGCACCUCCUGGGCCAAUGACUGCUGCGCCUCGAUGGAUUGGGGCGAACCGGCGACAUGCGCGAACAGCUACACUCCGAUGCCGUCAAACCCGUCCGAGGACGCCUGUGAAUACACGUGCUGCCCCGCGUCUGUCACCGUGUCUGGCAGCGUGACCCUCUACGAGGACAAGAGCCGCGGCGCGGGAUGCGACGCGCUCAGUUAUAUCAACAACGUCGUGGACGCGGACUCCGCUGACCACUGCUGCCAGGAUGAGGACUAUUGUUGCGAUUACGGGUCAUGCGCCUCUGAUUCCGACUAUUGUGGCCACCGGUUUCACUGCCCGGAAUUCCGCGUUACCGGCGACCUCACCUUCGAAGGCAUCACGUACGAAGCGGCGCAGGACAACACCGAAGUCUUCGUCGCCGCCGUCGCCGAUCUCUGCGGCGUGGCCGCGUCCGCCGUGACCGUGGAAAUAUGGAGGGCCCGCCGCCGUCGCCUCGCGGAGGGAAUCUUGGUGACGUACACCGUGUCCGUCGCGACCGCGAACGAGGCUCAAACGGUCACGAGCGUGAUUUCGAGCAGCUCGACAGCAGACGUCGACGCCGCAAUCAGCAAAGCCGCGACGGACGCGGGCGUCGACGACGAUUUCGACGUCGUUACGACGACCAACGUGGGUACGCCCACGACCCUGAGGUCGGACGGUACGCACGUUGACCCGACGUGGUACUACUCGAAGUGGCCCGACGACUGCCAGCACGGCGGUGGAGGCGACGACGUCUGCCGCGCGUUCAGGACACAAGACGACUGCAUCAACUAUUGCUAUCAGGACGACGACGACGAGCAGUGCGAGGACGUGGACGACCCGGAAGACUGCAAUUGGUCGAUCGUUACGCACGUCAACGCGGUGGCCGGCUGGUCGACGUUUUUUGCAGGGCUGGUGCUCUUUCCGACUCUCGUGUGGGUCGUGCUCCUCUUCUUGGUCCCGGACCCGCAAGCUGCUGCGCCCGUGACCGCGGCGGUGGAGUUGCCACGCAUGCAACCCCAAGUGAUGAUGGUAUCGCCCGUAUCGCCGGGGGGCGGGCAACCUCAGGUGAUCAUGGGCCAGCCCCAGAUUGUCCAGGCGGGGCAAGCUCCGGUGAUCAUGGGCCAGCCCCAGGUUGUCCAGGGUGCCCCGUCGAAGCUCGCCGAGUUCUAG